GCUCAGUGUUCCAGGAGGCGCCCUCUUCCACAAGACUAGCGCACAAUCAGUAGUCGCGCUGCAGCGCUGCCGAUGGGAUCUUCCAAACAGUUUGGCGCACUUUGAUCCGUUUUGUGCACGGUGUUAUUGAGAGGCUGAAAAGUACAAGAAAUCGAAAAAGAAAAAUAUCAAUAAAUAAAUUCAAGAAAAGGAAAAAAAAAAAAAAAGGUGCAAUCUUAGUUGAUGUUUUCUUUCCGAGAUUUGCUUGUAUUUGAGCCAACAAGUUCAUUCACAAUUCGGCUGAUGACCGUUUGACCAGAAGGGACUAUACACCCAAAGUGACAACCUACGGAUACCUUGAAUAGUUUAUUUCAUUGUUGUUUUUUUUCUGUUUUUGGUGCACCGAAUAAUAUUUGAUGAAAUAUUAAAAACUCGCCAUCUCUUGAUACACACCGCAUCGAAACGUGAUUUCAAUAACACUCCGUCGUACUAAUUGCCCACCCGUGCGUUUCGUUCCCAAAACAUCCAUCCUACCGUAAUCUGAUCCCUCCUUUUCUUUUCUUAUUAUUUGUUUUUUUUUUUUUAUUUUGAUUUGCCUCUCUCACCUUUGGUUCUAAAUCCCCGUUUUAAAUAACCAAUAAUUAUUUAAAUCAAAAAAGAAAACAAGAAAAUUUAGAAGAAAAAAAACCAAAAGAAAAACGAAAAAAUGACUCUUGUUUUCUCUACUCUGUGCGAUGCCGUCGACUGACGCUGUGAGCGGUUCAGUUACGGCUUCAGUGUCGGUUGGUGUUGACCAAUGCUGCGGCAAACGGUGGCCGCCGCCGAGUGUUUCCAUUACCAAGUGACGUCGUCGUUGUGGGCCUACGGCCGCAUCGCGCCUUUAUUAGCGUGUCCAUUGGCUCAACCGGCACCGCCCUGCCAAUCAGCAGUUGGAUAAACGGUCGGGGGGCUUCCGUGUAGCCAUGCACAGCAGUGUUGUUGGCCAAUUCCCUGAUUUGCCGCCGCCGCCGCCGCCGUCGUCGUCGUCGUCGUUUCUCACGUCCUGGUUUCUGCGCUUAGCUCGCAGAGCCACCUCGAAUUUGUGGUGCGCUUGUGCGCCGUGUUUCUUGACUCAGCUGCUAGUCUGUGACGGCCAACUGCAAGGGAGCUUCGUCCUCCAGCCAUCACCCUCCAGGUGGCAAGAGCCUAGUAGAGCUGCUCUUAGUGAACGUCUUCAUCUGAGCAGGCGUCCGUCCACUUGCUACACGACCUAUUGCGCUUCGACGCGCCUCUUUCUCGUUCCUCUUCAGCUGGCCUUACUGUGGACCUUGCUCUUGAAGCCAAACUGAGCCUUCUCUUCCAAUUUGCCUUUGAAAAAAACGGAAUUAAGAAACAAAAGAAUAAUAAUAAUAAUAAUACAAAAUCCGUGCCAAUUAGAAAGAAGAAAGAAAGAAAAGAAAAGAAAAACACAACAAACGAAAAUAACUGGGCUCGUUGAUUUUGCUCAGCUCGCAUUGCAACUGUGCCUUUGUCUUUGUUUGUUGUUGACUUUGGUUUUCGAUUUCUUUCGACGUGUAAAUUUUCUUUCUUCUUCUUCUUCUUCUUCUUCUUCUUCUUCUUCUUCUUCUUCUUCUUCUUUUUCGUCUUCUUCGUCUUCUUCGCAAUCAAAUUAGUUGGGACAUUGAGUCUUGUAACGGCCAGAAGACUUCCCAAAUUGCCUUGUUUGAAGCCGUAACCACCCACCCUCUUUUGUCCAUCAGCCGCCCUCUCUCCCCGCUCUUCUCUCUGUCUCUCUCUCUCUUUAAAAAAAAAAAAAAAAUAAAGAAAAGAAAACAGGAAAAACAAAAAAACCAACACUAUAUCCCACCCUGCUGCAACUGCAACACCAAUGUGAAACCCUGAGUGGGAAAUUUGAGAAGAAACGCGGGCACAGACCAUUAGUCCCUUACUGGCGGGUGUCAUCGCAUUUGCUGUUAGGUCUUCGCAAGAAGACGCAGAAGCAGCCAUAAAAUUUGGAAUACAAGAAAAAAAAAAAAAUUAAGGAAAUCCUUGCUUAAAUAAAAUAAAAUAAAAUAAAAUAAAAUAAAAUAAAAUAAACUAAAAUAAAAACAACGAAAGGAUACAAGAAAAAAGAUAUAUUUGCAGUGCUUUUCUGAGCUUCCUCUGAUCAAAGAAUUUUCUAAUCCGUCUUUUACUAAAUCAAACCCUUUCCAACCUACUACGUCUGGCCUUUUUUUCUUUUCUUUUUUUUUUUGAAUUCUUCUUCUUAUUAUUAUUAUUUUUGAAAUUGCAAAAUCGUGGGGUGGGGUAAUGAGUGGCAGGAACCGGCCGUCCAUUCAGCUGCUAUCAUUGGCCACCAUCAAAUUGGACAAGAAACGGAUUGUUCGGCAAGCGAGACGCAGUUUACAGUUGGCAUUGAGCGCGUUGUGUCGUAGCCACUCGUAUGUGUGACUAGUUUGCGUCAGUGCUUGCCAAUCUCCGAGCUUCCGAGCGGCCUAGUCGAGUGCCCAGACAACGUUUCAGUUGGGUGCCCAUUUCACCGCUCAACAACUUCAGCCAUCCAUCAAGCGAUUGUGCUACUCACUGUGUGCGGCAAUAACUGCCGUUCAAAAAAAUCGAUUGUUGGGGUCGCCGAGGGCGGGGCCGUCAUGAUUCGUGGCCCUAGCCGUGGCCUCGGGACCUUCCGCUGUCGCUGCUGCCGCUGGAUCCUGCUCGUUCCGCUCCUCGUCACUCAUCUCCUCCUCUUGUCGGCACAGGUAGAGCCAUCGCACGCCACCUCCGUUGCCACCGGCGAACGGGAUCUUUCCUCCACAUCAGCAGGCAGCAAUAAUUACAUUGCCCUAGCGAGAGCCGAUCCUGGUGCUCACAUCACACCGCCAACCGUUUCCAUCUUCCAGCCAAUACAAACGGCCGCCAACAUGGUGGCUGCAACUGGUGGCUCGAGCGUUAACAGUGGUGCCUCCCAACAUCCUCACAGUCGCUUCCACCACCACCACCAUCAUCAACAGCAGCAGCAGCAACAGCAGCAACAGCAGCAACAUGUGGCUCCUCUUUUAGCUCACGGUUACGGAGGAUACAAACCAGCAGCGCCAUCCAAAGAGAGCAGCAGUGGCAGUACAACGGAGGAAGGAUCAAUCCUUCGGCUACUAAGCAAAAACAAUCUUUACAUUCAGAGUUUCCCCAACGGCACAGUCAGCGCCACAGGACACGAUUCCAGUUUCUAUUCUGUUUUGAAGCAAAAUGCAGUCGGCUUUGGAAGAAUCUACAUCCGAGGAAUAGCAUCUCGUUUGUAUCUGUGCAUCAACGAAUGCGGAAGGCUUUAUGGCUCUGAGCACUUGGAGCAAGACUGCAUUCUGCGAGACCAAAUGGAAGGCAAUUGGUACAAUACGUACACGUCAAUCAAGCACUCAACAGCCGAAAAGUCUUUGUACAUGGCUUUCAACAGCAAUACGGGCUCUCCGUGCCGCUUACGGCUGAAGAGCGAAGUAACAAGCGAUGGCCGUUCAAUCGUCGCCUUGGGCAGCAACGAGAAACACGCUCUCUUUUUCCCAGUGCGCAACAUAUCACUGCCGGAUGGAAUGAACCUAACUAGUCUGAUACAGCUGAACAAAAGGAUUCCCUUUGUGAAGAACAGCGUCAAGCCAACUGGUUGUGCUCCUCGUUGCUCCAAGUUGUCUGACCAGUCCAUAAAAGAGGCUAGCUCCAAUCGAGUCAGUAGCAAAGAGAAAUCCAAGAGGAAAAAUAAGUGUUCCUGUCUUUCCACUGAAACGCCGGCCCAGGGCGGAGGCAACGUGGAGCGAUGUCGCAGACCGCGCCAAUGUCGGCCCAAGACAUCGGGCCAUCAGCAGGCGGCAAAGAGCCACGGGGAAAGCAGCAGCAGCAGCAGCAGCAGCAGCAGUGGCGGCGCUAGCACCGUCGCAACGCCGGCAUCCGGAUGGAACCAGCUGAAGCGACCCGAACGCCUUCCACGGAAAGAAGGACGACAUCCAAAGCCGAAACGCGUCAGCCCUGAAAACAGCGCCACCGACGUCGAUUUGCUAUCCACUGAGGCGCGUUUAUUAAGUCCAAUCGACCGGCUAGAAAGCGAUCCUUCCUCCGUCAAAUGGACGGUUGAAAGCGACGGCCCUCCAAAUGGCGGGAAAAAUCCAAAGAAAUCGACGUCACCCUCGGUGACCCAUCGAGACAGAAACGCCGAGCAAUCUGGCAAGAAAUCGAAACAUCGACGCGGUAAAAAGCAAAACGCAGAGGAUCGAUCGCCAUCCGGUACUAUCUCCAAUCCAGCCAAAGAUAGAACCGCUAUCGGCGUCCGUCAAGAUCGAACGAUACGAUUUUCGCAUAAGAAAAGCGACAGUCGGUUAAUACGACACAGGUACAGGAAGAUUCGGGCACAUCCAGAACUUGCCGAGCAGCUUGACGCCUUGUCUUAAGACAAGCCAUUUUUGCAGUCCAGGCUGUAAUAAAGAAUCAAACCAAAGCCAAAACAAGAAAAACAAAAAAAAAAAAAAAGGAAAAGAAAAAGAAAAAAAAGCAUCUGAAUAAGUCCGGCGAAGCUGCCGGGGUCGUCCAAUAUUUAUUUUGGAAGAGCCGUCCUUGUCAGAAUGCAUGGAAGGAUGCCACAGCCCCUGCGGCCAUGUUAGCGCAGCAACUUGAAAAUUUUUACAGCCUGGCCAUCACCGGGUCUACACAUUUUGGGUUCAUUACCUCGAUCCGUGUAUAUACGUAACUGGUAGAAAGCAAAUGUUUCUUGUAAAUAGUGUACAAAGAGUUUUUUUUUUAGGCACGCCCCAAGUUGGCGUGCCCGGGCGUUAACACGCAUCGCUUUCUUUCUCCGUUUCAACAUUGGACAAUGAAAACCCUCUUGACGUCCUUCCCGCCUGCCCUAACUUAUAGGCAACGAAAACAAUAGAAAAAAACAGAAAAAAAAAAAAAAAAGAAAAAGAAAAGAAAAGAAAACUAAAUUUGGAAUUGGCUGCUCAUCAGUCAGACAAUUCACUGGUGCCCCCUCCUCCUCUUACAUGUGAGACCAAGUUCAUAUUGUCUCAAUACCCGUCUUGACUUAUGGGUCAAAUGAAUGCAUAUUCGAUCGGAUAGCAUUCAGAUCACGUGUGAUGGUGAUCAAAAUGGAAAUACCUUCACCUGAAGAUGAUAUACAGUAUCUUUCGCUACAUAUCGUCAUCGUCAUUUAUAAAAACAAAAGCAACUCAAGCACUAUUUAUUUUUUUAAACAAAUGUCCCACUCUCUCUCUCUCUUCGAGUGAUUUUCGUAUUACCAACUUGCUCAAACUCGAGGCUGAGAGUGAGUCGGUAAAUGAACCGCGCACCAACACAAUCCGAAUCGACGUGCGUGCACGCCCGCGAUUGCUGCGCUUUUGUUAUGUCACGUCAUUUGCUGUGCACACAACAAAUAUGUUCACCACGCUCACUUCAAUCACUAUCAGACUGACUUGUUGUUCGCCAAAUUGUUAUACAAGAAGAAAAUUUUCACAUAAAAAAAAAAAGAAAACAAGAAAAAAAAAGGGAGAGGGGGGGGGGGGGAGAUAAAUUAACAAGCAGGAAGUUUACUAUGGGGAAAGAUUGCAGAUUAUAUAAGCCAUGCCCUAAGCCAAAUACGUGUACAUUAGAUUUUUUGUCGCAUUACUCCAAUCGUGGCCAUCUUGUCUCCAGUCAGUGAAAAGGAAAAUAAAAAAUAAAUGACAAAAAAAACAAAACAAAAACAAAAACAAAACAUAGCAUCAACAUUUCCAUCUAUGCCUACAUUUUGCAAACCUAAACAUUUAAAAAAUUUGUGUAACGUGUCAUCAUUUUUAUUGGUGUAGCCCCCCUCCCGACCCUCCACCCUCACCUCCCCUCUUGUGGUCCCCACUUAUUAUAUAUAUGCAAAUGAUAUAGGAAGGGAGGGGACUGCAAAAAUUCUGCCUUACCCUUGAGUGUUCGAGACGGUUUUUAUUCUGUGUAAUCCUGUACUAAACUAGAGAGACAGUGCAUUGUGCAUAGAUUAAACGAAGAUUGUUUUUUUCAAAAUGUAUUGCGCCGUCGCACUGUACAUCUUUUUGUUGGCCAUCCUUUUCGUGUCGCCCGCCACAAACAAGUCUAACUUACACAUCCAGUCUUUUUUUUUUUGUUUUUUUGUUUCUCUUUUUUUAGAUUACCUUUCUACGCUUUCUGUGCCAUAAUUGUAAUUUCUUUUAUUAAACAAAUCAAGUUCGAAUAUAAAGCCAUGUCCUGUCUAUCAAGAGAAAAUUAAACUAUGUGCCUCAUUUA